GAGAGAGAGAGAGAGAGAGAGAGAGAGAGAGAGAGAGAGCUAUGAACGCGGAGUUCGAAAACAAGAAGGAGAAUAGACCACAACAAUAAAAGAGGCGGGAAUAGCGAAUAGUUUGUGGCACCGCCAGCCACUCUUUGUGAAACCGCCCAGAGAGAGAAAGAAGAUCGAACGGGCAAAAGACAUGGAAAAGGAGAUGGUGGCAGCGGACGUGGAGGCACAGACGACGGAAAAACAAGAAGCUCCCCUCUCCAUCUUCAAGAAAUCCAACCGUCCGGUUACCUUGAAGUUUGAGGAUGUUGUGUACAAGGUUAAUCCUAAAAAAGGAGGAUUCCUCAAGAACUCAAAAUCCGAAGAAAAAACAAUCUUAAAGGGAAUCACCGGCAUGGUCCAGCCCGGCGAAAUGCUAGCCAUGUUAGGCCCAUCCGGCAGUGGCAAAACCACUCUCCUAACCGCAUUGGGAGGCCGUCUCAAUGGCCGACUCAACGGAACCAUAACAUACAAUGGCUCACCCUUUUCCAACGCAAUGAAGCGAAACACCGGAUUCGUUACACAAGACGAUGUCCUCUACCCUCACUUGACAGUGACCGAAACCCUAGUCUUCACUGCCCUCCUACGCUUACCGAAUAGUCUCACUAAAGACGAAAAAGCCGCUCAUGCUGAAGCAGUUAUUUCCCAACUUGGACUCAAUAGGUGCAAAAACAGUAUCAUUGGGGGUCCGCUCUUGCGAGGAGUAUCUGGGGGUGAGAGGAAAAGGGUUAGCAUCGGUCAAGAAAUGCUUAUAAAUCCGAGUUUAUUGUUUUUGGACGAGCCAACGUCGGGGCUUGACUCAACCACGGCUCAACGAAUUGUAUCAACGUUGUGGGAGCUAGCGAAUGGGGGAAGGACGAUUGUGAUGACGAUUCACCAGCCUUCUAGUAGGCUAUUUUACAUGUUUCAUAAGGUACUUUUGCUAUCGGAAGGGAAUCCGUUGUAUUUUGGGAAGGGAGAAGAGGUGAUGGCUUACUUUGCUAGUAUCGGAUUCACACCGUCGUUCGCCAUGAAUCCUUCAGAUUUUCUGCUGGAUCUCGCAAAUGGCGUCGCAUCAGAUGAAUCCCAUGAGGACGAGGACCCAACUGUGGUCAAGCAGACUCUUGUUUCUUCUUUCAAGACCAACCUGGCCGACAAGUUGAAGGCAGAAGUCCAGGAAACUGGCCCUUGCCGUCGAGACGGAGCAGAAGACAAGCAAUUUGCCCGCUGGAGCACGACGUGGGGGCAGCAAUUUUCGGUAUUGCUUAGGAGAGGGGUGAAGGAACGGAAGCACGAAGCGUUCUCCACCGUCAAAAUCGUACAGGUCCUCGUGGUUGCUUUCCUUUCAGGGCUACUCUGGUGGCAAUCCGACAUAACGAACUUACAAGAUCAGAUAGGGCUUCUCUUCUUCUACGCAGGAUUUUGGGGCUUCUUCCCUCUGUUCAAUGCAAUUUUCACCUUCCCACAAGAACGGAUGAUGCUCGAAAAGGAACGGUCUUCGGGUAUGUACAGGCUCUCGUCGUAUUUCAUGGCAAGCGCUUUCGGCGACCUACCAAUGGAGCUUGUCCUGCCCACCAUUUUCGUCACCAUAACAUAUUGGAUGGCAGGGCUCAAACCCAAUGCUGUAAAUUUCCUAGAGGCCUUAUUUGUUCUCCUAUACAGUGUGCUGGUUUCUAAUGGCCUAGGACUCGCACUUGGUGCCGUUGUGAUGGACCAAAAAAAGGCCACGAUUCUUGGAUCGGUCAUCAUGCUUUCGUUCCUCUUAGCCGGAGGGUACUAUGUUCAACAUGUUCCGGGAUUCAUCGCGUGGAUCAAGUACCUGUCGAUUAGUAAUUACACGUACAAGCUAUUAUUGGCAACUCAAUACAGUCCGAACGAGGCGUACCCAUGUGCUGGUAACAAUGGGACUUGUUUGGUUGGCGAUUUCCCUUCAGUAAAGCUCGUGGGACUUGACCGAAAGGCGGUUUCGGUGGCUGCUCUGGCUGUGAUGUUCGUGGGUUACAGACUGGUUGCUUAUAUUGCCCUAAUGAGGAUUGGUGUCACAAGAAAAUAGUUUUGACCAAAGGCAGAUCGAAUUUGAUAAUGAAGUAAGAUUACCAACUAGAUAUAUACUUUUUGUACAGUGUUCCAAUUUACCCUUUUCCUAAUUUCUGGUUUCUAUGAGUUGUGAAUGUAAUUGAGCGGCCAUCAGAGAUAAACAUUUUCUUGAGUGUGCCCCAUUUUUAUAUUUUUAUUCUGUCUAGUACUGCAUUUUAUUUUGGAUUUGAGAUGAAUCAAUUUUGUUUCUGAAGCUACUAACACUCAAUGUGGAUUUUGAGGGUUUGGUGAGCAGUGAAGAAUUUAGAG